CUCAAGCUCAUGCUACAUGCUCACAUUUUGUGAGAAAAAACAAGACCUGCAAACACUAUACAAAAGAUGUCGUGUGCUUGCCCUUGUCUUCAGCAUCAACGUUUCUCAUACCGAGAGGAGAUUCAAGAGCAAAACUAGCACAAGAUGGCCUUAUUGGGAAGAUCUCCUUUACAUCUGACUGGUCUGAAGCACAACUUAGAGAAGAAAUAGCAGCAAUCUUCAGAAGAACAUUUGCACUGUCAACUGGCCAGACAUUCCCUUGUGAGUAUUUGAGUACAAUUAGAGGAUGUAAACGACUAAUGAAACCAAAUGUUUCUAGCAGUUUUCUUUGGGGUGGCCAAGAAGUUGGCUCGAUUUGUUCCACCACCUGCCUCUAUAUAAUGGCAGGGAUACAAAAACCUGCACAGGAGGAACCAGAAGAGCUGUCUGAUAGUGACUUUGAAAGUCCAGUCUGCCGGAGAAGACGAGUGCAUCAUGCGUUGCCUACAACACCAGGUGAAAGUGAGGCCAAGCAUCAGGAAACAGAGGGCUGCAUUCAGGAGAGUGAAAAUGAGGGACAGGCAGAGGGACAGCAGAUGUUUCCAUAUAAUGUGGCAGAAUUUGUCCCUAUUUUUCUGGAGGAAGAUGAAGCUCUUGAAGAGGCAAUUCAGCGUAGCCUCCUAGAAGAGUCUGAUAGACAGAGUGAAGUUCAUAUUUCAAGGUCUUUUAAGAAGCUCAGCAAAGAAGAAAUUGAAGGUCUUCUUAGAGCUCAUAGUGAGAAAGUCAUUACACCAGGAACAAGACAACUCCAUAUCAGUCGAGCCAAUGUGUGGUCGACUGCUUUGCGUCAGUUCAAGAGACCCAAGUUUGCAGAAAGCUGUGAGAUGCUUUAUGUCACAUUUGCAAGCGAUGAACAUGAUACAGAACUGGUGAAACCGAGGAGCUUAAAUACACAGGUUGAAUCAUGA